AUGGGGAAGAUGCUUUCCAAGAUAUUUGGGAACAAGGAGAUGAGAAUAUUAAUGCUCGGACUGGACGCCGCCGGGAAGACAACAAUCCUGUAUAAACUGAAACUGGGACAGUCGGUUACUACGAUUCCAACGGUGGGCUUUAAUGUGGAAACUGUCACCUACAAAAAUGUCAAGUUCAACGUGUGGGAUGUCGGAGGUCAGGAUAAGAUUCGCCCCCUGUGGCGACACUACUACACAGGCACCCAGGGGCUGAUUUUCGUGGUGGAUUGCGCCGACAGGGAUCGUAUCGACGAGGCGCGGCAGGAACUCCACCGCAUCAUCAACGACAGGGAGAUGAGGGAUGCCAUCAUCUUAAUAUUCGCCAACAAGCAAGACCUUCCCGACGCCAUGAAACCGCAUGAAAUCCAAGAGAAGCUAGGAUUGACGCGGAUCCGAGAUAGGAAUUGGUAUGUUCAACCCUCGUGCGCGACCACAGGCGAUGGACUCUAUGAAGGCCUGACAUGGCUAACUUCCAAUUACAAAUCUUAA